UUGGUUUGCUGGUGCUUCUGGAGCCAUUUUAUGUUUAUUCUUUGCUUGUUUCUGCACAUUUUAAAACAAGUCCCCACUACUUCAGUUGUUUUGGAGAGCACCGCUGCAAGGCUGUUUGGCAGUGAAGCUCCAGAAAAUGUUCAGCGGACAACACGACUUCCCCUGACCUUCCCUCGGUGUCGAGGCGACUACAUAAUGAGUGCAUUUCAAAUGUUGUGGGUGAACGUGUCCUUUAAGUGUGCCCUUUAGCCUUGUGAAUUAAAAAUGAAGGCACUGUGCAAGUCGCAUCCAGAUGGGCGACGAUGUUUAAGCUUGAGGCGUUCAAGGCAAUUAAAUGAGUCGGACAAUUGCGCCGAGAGCCUGAACGCAGCAUAUGUUUCCAGGGUGUUAUGUCCACAGUCUGCGGCACAGCGGCGCUGCGCCACCCCUCCUCUCCGUGUAGGACUGUCCUCCACCCCCAACACCAACCCACAGCAACCUGAUACCGGAGACGAGCGGUCCAGACAAGCCUGCAAACGAGGCGUUCCCAGCCGCCCUGUCUGUCUGUCUGCCCCAGCGGAGCUCCAGACCGUUAAUGCCAAACGCUGCCGACCGCCUCGGGGAAGAUCAGACCAAGAGAUAUCCAUUCCGUCAGCCCCGUCGUCAUCCAGCAGGGGAGUAAUAACCUCCGUCUAUCGCAGACCAGCGAGGCUCACUGUAGACGCCGUCGACUUGUGAAUUAUUUUCCACCCCCCCAACCUCAGCGGAGAUCGUGAAACGAGACGGGACGCGGAGAACUAACUGGCUAGCUGUUCGGCUAACGUCGGUUAGCAUCGAUAGCAGCCAGCUUGUAACCAAACCGAGCUAGUUCGCUAACGUUUAGUAUGCCAAAUUCUCGCCCGCCGUAUCGAAAGACUGGAUGUUUCCGCGAAGUGUGCAACUGAGAGUAGUUGUUGUGUUCGCGAAUUAGCUGCGUGCGGGGUUAUCUUUGCGCUAUUUACCCUCUUUGCCUAAGUUUUCUGGUCCCAGACAGUCGCCCUGGGCAGCUAGCAUGUUAGCUAGCCGAUAUGGACGUUGUUUUCUGGCUGGCUGCAGAUGGCAGGUCCGCCAAACAAGUUAGCCGCUCGGUUUAUCUGCCCGGUCUUGCGCUGGAGUCGACAGCAGGACUAACUUAACUUUUUUUUUCUUUCUUUUUUUUUUUUUUUUUUUUAACUCGCGGCCAAUGUUAGCUACCAAAUCACGUCAGAGGACCCCGACUCUCCUCCUUUUCGUGUUAUUCAUCAAUGUGCCCCAUGCCUGAGAGAUCGGUUCAAGUUAUUGAGCUGACGUGAGGGGAAAUAAAACAAACAACAACACUGGGGUCACAACAAAAUCUGCGAAGAAGAACAGAGCGGAACAGGAGGAGAAGAAGAAGAAGUAGAGGGGGACUUGGAGGAGCUGUAAUCCAGAGACCAAAGUCGAUGCACACUGACAUGGCUGUGAGCCGAAUCACGAUGAAAUCACUCGCUAAAUUUGGGUUUUGCCUGACGAUUCUCCUGACUUCUGUGGCCGCGGCGCAGGGCGAGGAGAGGGAGUGUGCCUUCACGGACCAGCAGCAGCAGUGGGAUGUGGAGCGAGUGGCCGGGGGCGAGGGCCGGGUCUCCCCAGAGAACACCACCAUCAGAUGUACCAAGGGCAGCCACUGCUUUGGCCUGUGGGAGAAAAGUCCUUCGAGAGAAGUGCGACUUGUCAAACAAGGUUGCUGGACUCACCUGGGCGACCACCAGGGUUGCAGGGAUGACCGCUGCGUGGUGACCAACCUCCCUCCACAGAUCCAGAACGGGACGUACCACUUCUGCUGCUGCGGCAGCGACAUGUGCAAUGUUAACUUCACAGAGGACUUCCCAACUCCUAGCCCCACCACUGCACAGCCCCUCUACCCUCGCACACUGGGCUACGAGGAGACAGUAAUUAUCACCCUGGCAACAGUGUCGGUGCUGGCCGUGUUUGCCGUAGCAGCCUUCUUUGGUUACCGCAUGAUGCACGGAGACGGUAAGCAAGGGCUGCACAACCUGAAUAUGAUGGAGGCUGCUGGCUCUGAGAGCUCGCUGGACCUAGACAAUCUCAAACUGCUGGAGCUUAUCGGGCGUGGCAGAUACGGCGCCGUCUACUGCGGAUCCCUGGACGAGCGGCCUGUGGCCGUGAAGGUGUUCACGGCAGCCAACCGCCAGAACUUCCUGAAUGAAUGCUCCAUCUAUCGGCUACCGCUGCUGGAGCAUGACAACAUCGCCCGGUUUGUGGCUGCCGACGAGAGGACAGGCCCGGAGGGGCGCACUGAGUACCUGCUGGUCAUGGACUACUACCCACAUGGCUCUCUGAGUCGCUACCUGGGCCUCCAGACCAACGAUUGGGUCAGCAGCUGCCGGCUCGCUCACUCCGUCACCCGCGGCCUGGCCUACCUGCACACCGAGCUCUUCAAAGGAGACUUGUACAAGCCCGCAGUUUCCCACCGGGACCUGAACAGCCGAAAUGUUCUGGUCAAGGCCGACGGCACAUGUGUGAUAAUCGAUUUUGGCCUGUCUAUGAAGCUGACGGGAAACAGGCCGGCACGUCACGGAGAGGAGGACAACGCUGCUAUUAGUGAGGUGGGGACAAUUCGCUACAUGGCUCCAGAGGUGCUGGAGGGGGCGGUGAACCUGAGGGACUGUGAGUCGGCGCUGAAGCAGGUGGAUAUGUACGCCCUGGGUUUGAUCUACUGGGAGACCUUCAUGAGAUGCACCGACCUUUUCCCAGGAGAGUCUGUGCCAGAGUACCAGAUGGCCUUCCAGGCGGAGGCAGGGAACCACCCGACGUUUGAGGACAUGCAGGUCCUGGUAUCCAGGGAGAAGCAACGGCCCAAAUUCCCCGAGGCCUGGAAAGAGAACAGUUUGGCGGUUCGCUCUUUAAAAGAGACGAUGGAGGACUGUUGGGACCAGGACGCGGAGGCCCGCCUCACAGCACAGUGUGCCGAGGAACGACUGGCAGAACUGCUGCUCAUAUGGGACCGCUCCAAGUCUGUCAGCCCCACCCUUAACCCCAUGUCCACCACCCUGCACAAUGAGAGAAAUCGUAUGACACCAAAGUCCGGCCCGUACACAGACCACCCCUCAACCUACAUUGAAGAGCAUGAGGGCGUGGCCAAGAACACUCAAGCUGACACCACCGGCUCCGUGAGCGGUCGAGCUGUGGCCGGGACCGGAGAGAGAAACAGGAACUCCAUCAACCAGGAGCGCCAGCAGCAAGCCAACGCCCGCCUGCCCAGCCCAGAGGGCAGCAGCACCAGCAUGGGACUGAGAGGCAGCCCCUCAGCCUCCACCACAACCACCACCAUCAUCUCCGAGUCUGAGGGACCUGUGGGGGUCGCCACAGUCCCCGUCUGCCUCCACCUCACCCAGGAAGAUCUGGAAACCACCAAGCUGGACCCGAAAGAAGUGGACAAGAAUCUAAAGGAGAGCUCAGACGAGAACUUGAUGGAGCACUCGCAGAAGCAGUUCUGCUCUCCAGAUCCGCUGAGCCCCGGCAGCUCCAGCCUCCUGUACCCCCUCAUAAAGAUGGCCACCGAGGCCUCAGGCACAUCAGACCCCGCCGCCCCCAUGCCCACCACCAUCUUCCCCCUUCCCAAGCAGCAGAACCUGCCCAAGAGGCCGUCCAGUCUGCCCCUGCGCACCAAGCCCACCAAGAAAGAGUCGUCGUCGUCUUCGCUCAGGUUCAAGUUCGGACGCUCGGGGAAGUCUAACCUGCGGCAGGUGGAGGGAGCAAAGAUGAACAUUGGUGCAGUAACGGGCACAAACACAGCUGUGGAGGCUCACCGGGGCGCAGGCACAAACAACACUCCUGUUCUGAGAGAUGUACAUGUCAACGGUGGCGUCAACGGCGCUGUCAAUGGUCACGCCAGCACUGGGAUAUCAUCCAUGGCUACAGGUGGGGCGACGGGUUUCGGAGGAUCCAGCGUAACUCAGAACGGCUCGGGAGCCCUGAGGUCGGACGACGGCCACCUGAGCCUCGGUGUCAUCACCGCCAGCCCCGACGAACACGAGCCGCUCCUGAGCCGCGAGCGAGAGCAGCCGGAUCCGAGGGACGCGUCGUCGAGCGUCGCCGCCCUUCGCUCGGCCCGGCCCAACACCAACAACAACAACAGCAACACCGGCCACGGCCAGGGGGACGGGGAGAGCGGAGGAGAGAGUGAUGCAGAGGAGGAGGGCAGCGGAGAGGGAGGAAGCAGGGAAACCACAGGGCCGCCGGGGGAAAGCUCGGGGUCGGGAUCUGGCGCCGCUGAUUCCCAGGGGGCAGCUCCUGUCACCAUGAGAGGGGAGUCCCUGCUCAGGCAGCCCCGAGCCCGCAGGCCCGAGAGACCCAACUCCCUGGACCUGUCCUUCACAACACAGGACUUCGCCUCAUUUGGGGAGGGCCUGGUUCAGCCAGACGGAGCCUUGGGCGGAACCGGAGAGAAGAUCAAGAAGCGCGUCAAAACUCCUUAUUCCCUGAAGAAGUGGCGGCCCACCACGUGGGUCAUCUCCACAGACACCAGGGGGCCGGAGGUCAACAACAACGGCUCCUCCCGCGGUCAAGGUCACGGUCAGAACCGGCCCAAGUCCAGUUCGGCCAUCUACCUGCAUGGGGGGAGCUUGGCCAGCGAGCCCAGCGACACGCACGUGUGAACUCGGACCCUCUGACUAGACUGGAAAAAAAAAAAAAAAAAGAAAACAAAAAAAAGAUGUAACCAGAGAGCAUUUGGUUUGUGUCUGUCGAGCUCUCUGCUCUGAAUCAGCAAGAGGAAGCUAUGGAGUGUCUUGUGAACAAAGAGUCGAGUCUGAUCAUGUACAGUAAUUAGGUCUGUCUCGCUCCUGUGUGUCUUUCUGAUGAUGGCAUUGCUUUAAAUGGAAUCCAGCUAUGCAGCAUUCUUGUCCGCUUCUGUUUCCGCAUUCGAUUAAUCUCCCCUUUUUCCGUCGGUUUUGUUUCAUGUUUCAUCCUCAUGAGCGUAGCGAUGUUUUGAAUGGACUUAAUUUUUUUUUUCCUUCUUCUAUGUGCACUUUGAACCGAUUAAAAUCAGUGUUUAGAAGUCCUGUCUGUUGCGACCACGACAAGAAAGUGGUCUCUAAACUUUUAAAAAGGCGAAGAAAAACAAUCAACACUUCUGAGCGUUCUCUUUCUCGUCCUCUGCUGUAUCAAGCGAUGUUGGGGGAGUCGGCUCUGUAAAAAGAAUUGAGGGUCUUAAAAGACGGAACAAACUACUCUUCUUUUUUUUCAUUUCCUUGAUUUGUAUGCAAUACCAAUUUUUAUUUGUCUUUUUUGACCAUGUAUCCAUUUUUUUUUGUAUCAUAAUUUUUAAUUGUGCAAUAGGAUGUAGCUUUUAGAUGCUUUCGAUGUUUUUAUCGCUUCCAUUUCUUUGGUCGUUGUUUUAUCCCGUCAUUAUUUUAAUAUGUUAAUCUCUGUUGCACUUAUGAAUAGUCACAAUCGUUUUUUGGAAACAAUCCACCGUACACUAUCACCCCCCCACCCCAGACUAAAGAGGAGAAAAUGGAUGACAAUCCUCCUCGCUUUCCUUCUUCUCUGGACUAUUCUUAAAGGGGGGAACAAACACUAACAAUCAAUCCCAGCUGACUGGAAGAAGUGUUCGUGGAACUCCUCUGCACAAUUACACCAGGACCGGCUCAAACUCUGGGGGGUCUUUUGACACUACAAUCAUGAGAAUCAAAUCUUCGGAGGGAUCUGUUACAGUGCCCGACUCAAUCACUGUACCACUAUCACACCUGACCUCACUGUGGACUGUGCGUUUAGCUGUCUGUCCGUGACCGAAAGACCAGAAACACUAGAAAGACCAGAUUCUGCUCUUCGAACUCUGUCGGAAAAUCAGAAACUAGUCUAAAAAGAAAAACGACAAAAAAAAAACCAAACCCCCCUCUGAAGCACGCUGGAUAUUAUUUCUGCUUCUUCUCGUCUCAUCCCUCGAUGUUCAAACGACUGAUCCUGUGUGUGCGCGCGUGGAUGUGUGUGUGCGAAUGGGUGUGCACGUGUUGUGUUUCCUUUGCGUCAGCAAGCAUUAGAGUUGUUGGGGCCUAGCACUGUACAGGCGUGCUGAAAUGUCAUUGUACUCCAUUCUGUAUUUUCAGCGCUGCUUCAGGGCAUACAAAAAAGAUCUCAUUUAUGUUUUUGUAAUCUGUAAUUUGUAUGAAAAAAAACAAACAUAUGUAUGUGUAUUGCAUUGAUAUUUGCAUCAUUUUUAUGGAAUUCUGUUUUGCAUUCAAUGGACAUGGCCUUUGAUUCCAUUGCUAUGCGUCUGCUCGGUACAGUUUCUGUAAACAUUUUCAAGUCAAUAUGAAAGAAGAAAAUUCUCAAUAAAUGUAUGAAAUAAUCGUC